AUGGGCUUGCUUUCAUUUUGGAUCAUCUCUAGUAUUCUGGUCCCUUUAGCAUCUCUAGCAUGGAACCUUGUGAGCUUAUAUAUCAACCCUUCGUGGUAUCUUUUAUUCAAGAUAGUGAUUUGGGAUCGAGUUUUCGGAAAAUAUGUCUCGGGAUUAUCAUUUCGUACUUCUUGGAUGAUUCGCCUGGCUAUGCUAGCUCUGUUCAAAGUGGUGGGAAAUCGUAUGACUCGACAAUUUGAGGCCAUGAUUUAUGAGUUUUUCUUCGGUAGGCCUCAAAAUCACAGUAAUACAAAUUCUUUUCAAGCUCAACCAGAAGUUGAAGAAGAAUCAAGAAGAUUGGAGGUUGAGAAGAGUGAUUAUGAGUUAAUCAUUCAUGAAUAUCUGUUCUUGAGUCCUGAUAAUUACAGUGGUUCUCAGGAGGAAGAAGUUAAAGAUGGUUAUGUAUUAGAUAAUACUAAUAGUCAUCCAUCUUUAACAAAAGGAAGUAAUGAGAUUGCAAACCCAAUACAGAGCAUUGUUUUAUAUGACUAUGACUUUCUUCAAGAUGGCUCAGAUAUGGGAGAAGAAUCAGGAGGCCUUGAACUUCAAAGAACUGAUUUUGGAUAUGGGGAAAGUUUAAUACCAGAGUUGGAAGAUGUCCGAGUGGAGGAUUUGAAACUUGAAAGCCAGAGUGGUGAAAGUGAAGAAGACGAGACCUUGGCGCUUGUUGUUGGUUUUGAAUAUCGAGCUUUGGAAAGGGAAUUCCAGGAGAGAAGAGAAGAAGAAAUGGAUGGGUUUUACAGGGUUUACAAUGAAAGGAUGAAGUGGUUUGAUACACUCAACUGUGAAAGAACAUUGGCAAUAAGCACCAUGUUAAACAAACAAGUGGGAAACUUCAGUUUAUCUGAUGUCUUGGCCUUUGCAACUACAUAUACUCCUGAAAUCUAUUCAAGCAAAGCUGGGAUGAGAAGGCUCAUGAGGAGCUUACAGAGUGACUUUGAGACUGUAUAUGUUGGGCAGUCAUGCUUAUGUUGGGAUGCUCUCCAUCACCAGUUCAGGAAGGUCCAGGAUAUGUCUUCCCCUGAUGACAGGGAGAGCAUUGUGUACAAUUACAGUGCAGGGAGGUUUCAGCAAUUCCAGGUAUUGUUGGAGAGAUUCAUGGAGAAUGAGAAGUUCUAUGGAGAAAGAUUCUGGAGUUAUGUCCAGUGCAGGUUUUCUCAGAAAUAUUUCCUCCAUGUUCCUGCUAUAGCUGGAUACUUGCAAGGAGUGGAGAGAAGCACAGAGAAAACAAUGACACCAGAAGAACUGGUCAGAGUGAUAGAGGACUCAAUAAAGACAUUUUGGGCUUUUAUCAAAACAGACAGUAAGUGUUCUUCUUGGAAUCUUCAAGGCCUUUUUUUCACCCACCCUAGAGUUGAAGACCCAAGAGACUUAGAGGUACUCAGUGACCUCAAAAGGAGACUUCAUGCAAAGGAAAUUGAGAUGAAGGGGUUGCAAAGAAAGAAUAGGUGCUGGGUGAAGAGGUCAACCCCUAUCCAAGAAUCAGAUAGAAUGGAGAUGUUGUUUUGUAUGAUCGAUAUGAAACUCAUCUCCAGGGUUUUGAAGAUGUCUACUAUUACCUCCGAUCAACUCAUCUGGUGUCAAAAGAAGCUGAACCAUAUUGAGUUUAGGGGAGGCAGGGCGGCAGAGAGAGAUUGCACAGGCUAUCUAUUUCCAUCUUCAUGACAUUCCCACCAGAUCUAGGACUUCCAGUUUUGAUUUUGUGUAUAGAGUUUUGUCUGCUGGGACUCUGGUGUGUGAGAGGGGGGGGCAAUGCUUGGAUUGUGUACAGUUCGUGUGCUGGGUAUACUAUUGUAGAGAAGCGUUGUA